GCUGGAAAUUUUCGAUUCCUGUGCCAGACCUACCACCAGCAACAUCUAGAGACGCAUUUUUCCACGCAUCAACUCCGGCGCUUCACACAGCCAGCAGUCUCAUUUUCAAUCACUCGCCGUAUCUCAGAACAGCACAUAUUCACACAAUGCAGUCCUUCCGCCGCGCAGCUCUCCGGGCAGCAUGCUCGUCCCAGCGGGCCAUGGCUGUCCCCAGACAGCAGGUCGCCUCCUUCGCCAUCCAGAUCAGCAAGCAGAACCUGAGACCUACCACAAGCUUCCUGCUCGCCCGCGCCUUCUCCCGGUCCGCCCCUGUCGCUGAGGAGGCCCCGGGCUCCGUCCAGGCCAAGGUCGAGACUGUGAGGAAGGGACACACCGUCUUCAUUGGCAACAUGUCCUAUGACGCGACCGAGACACACCUGCACGAGGCCUUCAGCAAGUACGGCGAUAUCCUCAGCAUCACCAUCCCCCGCGACGGUCGCGGGUCUGCCAGAGGGUUCGGCUUUGUAAACUUCCAGGACGAAGCCGCCGUUGAGGCCGCCGUCGAGGGUGCCAACCAGUCCUUCUGGCACGGCCGCCGCAUCUUGGUUCAGCCUCGCCGGCAGACCGAGGAGCAGCGUGCCAAGCCUGCCGGCCGCCCCGAGAGCACUCCCUCGAACUAUCUGUACAUUGGCAACAUCCCCUACGAGACGUCAGACGCGGACCUGAACGCCCUCUUCAACGAGCUCGAAGGCCUCACGGCUGUCCGUGUCGCCAUUGACCGCAACACUGGCUGGCCCCGUGGCUUUGCCCACGCCGACUUUGAGUCCGUCGAGGCCGCCACUGCUGCCAUGGAGAAGAUCAACACCCGCCAGAUGGGCGCCCGCGUGCUUCGCGCCGACUACACCACCCAAAACACACCGAAGAAGGGCUCACGCUCCUCCUCUUCCUCCUCCUCCGCCGCCCCCGCGGAAGACAGCGAGGCGAGCUUCUAAACGGUGUUGAUGGCAUUGCCUCAACGUCAGACGUGGGGCGGUCAGGAGCAGUGCGUGCAGGAUGCUGCGUGUACAUUGUAGAGCGAGGUGCGACAUUGUAUAAAUCUAUCACGAGAACAAUCCCCGGAAAAGAAAUGGCCAGCUGGCUCUGCUGGAGGAGCAUGGCGGCCGGCGUUCCGGACGCUGGCAGCAGGCUUUACUACUAUCCCCAUGUACUUUUAUCAGACUUAUUUUAUGUAACGAAGGAAAAUUUUAUGAUUUGAAAAAGCAA